AGAUGCCAUGGCAGGUAGACUAACGGAUAUUACAACCGACUCGUCGAAGUCAAAAAGCUCAAAUUCAAGUCUUCCCACCAGCUCAGAGCUGGAUCUAGAAUUCCAAUCGGACGCCACAAGUCCGCCUUCCGGUCUCAUUGAAGCCGCGGCGGGAGUAGCCAGCUGCUUAGAAGAAACGGUGGAUACGGUAUUGAAAUCCAGUCCGAGGUCAAAACGGAAACAGCUCCACAAUGCGAGCACGGAUAUUUCGUUAGCCUUGGGGUCAGUUUACACCAGACAAGAUUUGGAGAAAACCGUAGGCCCGUUAGAGGAGGAUCUAGAUAUCACCGACGACGACAAAGUGAGCAAAGAUCACCAAGGAGCGAGGAGUGAAGAGAAGGGAACGCGGUCGCAGAGUGGUGUUAGUCAGCGAUCUCACAGUGAAAGAUUAGGAACGUGGGGUAAUGAACCGUCCGACUGGAACGAAGGGAAAGGGACCAGGCAACAAGGAACAACCCGGGACAGCGAGAGACCGGUGAACAUCAAAGCGAAAAUGGAAGGUGUUGUCAUUACGAAUAGGAGUACAAACCUGCCGGACGCGGAGGCUGAAUGGGGGCAAGGCAGGCAGCAAAUGGUAGAGUUUGCAGAGAAGUUGAGCGAGAAACUGCGGGCUGAGAUCGACAAGAAUCAGGAACGGGAGAUCAUCGAUGUGGAAUCGAUUCCGGCAAGCAUGGAGGAUCCGUACAUCCAGCGACUGAACAAGGAGUUGGAGAAUCUGAACGAGCUCAGUCAAGAGAUCCACAGCACUCUUUGGCGAAGGGGUUUGGACGAGGAACCGGUGAAGAGAUCCGAGGGGAAACUACCGCUCGAUGUGCCGUCGGAUGAAACAGCAGACGUUGACAAAGCACAGGAACAACAUACGAUGGUCAAGACCAUGAUGGUGGACUCGGAGGAAAGCAACAUUUCAAAGACUGAACCUUCGCACAAGAGUUUGGUCACGACUGCGAUCGAGGGUGGGGCCAAGUCGGGCGAUGCCAGCGCUGACAGCUCCGGCGAGAGCUCGGAAGCGGAAGCCGGAAGUUGGGCCGACUCGAGAAGGAACACGAUCACGUCUCGAACCGACAGUAAAUUAAGAACCGCCGAGGCGAAGACUUCCAUAGAGUCGCAAGACGUUAAACCGGAGUCGGUAAUAAACGCGGCAGAAAAACCGAAAGUACCCAGGAUACCCGAGAUGAAGCGGAUCGAGUUGCUAUCGGGGAGCGAGGUGUCCCCUCGUCGACCGAGCAUAUCGGUGGAGACAACCGAGCCCUGCGGGAGGAUAGUCGCUGGGAAGAGUGAAGAGAUGCUCCCGGAGAUAACAGCCUUGCAAUCGACCCUCUCGGUGGAGUCCAGCGAGGCUGGAGAUAUCUCUGACAGGACGGUGGGGAGCAGUAGCGAUGGGAGCCGGUCGGAAUCGAGACGAGGGACUAUAGUCCCGACGGAGACCUCCAGCAUUAUGUCUCUCCGUCCAGGACUAUCGCUGGAGUCGAGCGAGGCUGGGGAAAGCGGGAGUGUUAGUGAUAUCUCGCGGGCCGGCGACUCGACAAAGAACACGAUCUCCUUCGACGAACCUCCGAGCGGGAGUCAGAUAUCACUGCUCCGACCCGGCGCGUCCAUCGAGUCGAGCGAGUACGGUGAUAUCUCCGACCGAACGGCGAGCGGGAGCGAGACCAAGGGCUCCUCCUUCGGCGCCGCCAAGACCGACUCCACCGCCUCGCUGACGUCCGACCGGUGGAGCGACUGCAGCAAGGACAUCAAGUUCGCCGACAGGAAGAUCGCUCGCUGCGACGGCCGGUCGUCGUCCGAGGAGACGGUCCCGCGGCGGGCCUCGCUCAUCCACCAGCGGGCGUCGAUCCCCUGCCCGCAAGCGACGGACAAGGUCGAGGCCGAGAGCACGGACACUUCGAUGAGCGACUCGACGUCGCAGGACUCCAUGAUGUCCGACUGCGCCGGCGGAUCCAUCACGUUCCACCGCUACUACCACGUCUUCAAGGAGGGGGAGUUGGAUCAGCUUAUCGAGAGCUACAUAGACAAUUUGCACAUUAUCUCGUCGUAUUACGAUCACGCCAACUGGUGCGUCGUCGCCGAGAAAGUUCAGGUUUGGACCAUUUGAGCCGGGCAGAGGAGACCAACUUUCGUCGUAAUAGACUACUAGACAAGGUGCGAAUUUCAGGAUUCUGAUACAUGUUUCUUCGCUAAAAUUUCACGUAAAACACGAUGCGUACAACGAAAAUUACCGAAAUCAACUCCU